GGCAGAGAUCUCUGUUGGUAGUCAUGUGCAAUGCUCGAUUGGCAGGCGCGAGGAACGGCGACUGGUCUAAUCUUGCCCUCUUUGUCUCGUCCAAUCCUCGAUUUUCGACGCCAAUUGUGCCGUCGAGGGGGGCCUAAACCGAAUCAGGCAACGGCACAACAAACAAAGACCCACCAAGCAAGCCUCUUCAAGUCGGGUUGAGCCAGGCUCCAUGCAUCAGUGACCUCACUCCUCACUGCAAGUCGCCAGCUCUGCACCAGCCAUAACCCGGUAACUGGUGUCGGCUAGGUGCGCACCCAAGGAGCCAAGCACCCAGCCAGCGCCUCAGCAGCGCCCCAGCUCUACAUAACCAGGAGCCUGGGCCUUUCCCAUCUCGGUCCGCCUUCCACCGUCCUCGACCGGCCUCCGAGGCGCCACCGGCUGCCUACAUCUUCAACAAGCAGGUUAUUUGCUCUCCCGACAAUGCCUGCCGAGACUCGCUUCUCGCGCAGCUUUGGCGGUACGACCACCACUCACAAACACUCGCUCUGAAAAUGGGAGUGUGAUGCAUCCUUGGCCUGCAUAGCCCUUGCUCACCCUUUCCGUCACAGCCUCGAGCCACUGCCUCCCCAGCCCCGAUGGAGAGCUAGUGGCCACCCUGACCUCCCCCUCUGCCAUCGGCAUCCGCCGGGUGAGGUCCCUUCAGCUGGCAAACGUCAUUGAGCUGCCCCGGGACCUGUCGCCGCCGUUUGUGGCCUUCAGGUGGUCCCCGUCAUCACGCCGCCUCCUUGUCGCCUCGAUGGACCAGCUCCAUGUAUUCUCCGCUCUGGACGCCGCGUUUCACGCCGUCGUCCGCAACCCCCUUGCCCCUGGGCUGAAGCUGGGCUUUGUCGACUUUGGCGCCUCGGAUGCUGAGGUGUGCAUGACCUCGUCCCUGGGCCUGAAACUGUCCGUCUUCGACCUGGCCGUGUCGAGAACGGUCGAGAUCGCCAACCCCAAGUUCUACGGCGCAUCCACCGCGGCCAGGACCUUCUCGUUCCGGCCGCGCACCCAUCACUUGGCGGUGCUGACUCGCACCAGCGCCAGGGACCUGGUUAGCGUCCACCACCCACGAAUGCGUGAUAUGCAGCGGUCGUGGAACGCCGAGACCGUCGAUGCUAGUGGCCUGUCAUGGAGCCCGGACGGCCGGUGGCUGGUGGUGUGGGAGGGCCCCGCCCACGGCCACAAGGUGCUCUUCUACACUCCGGACGGCCAGCUUUUCAAGUGCUGGAGUGGGCCCCAGGCCGGGCUGGAUGCAGCCACCCGCGACUAUCUGUCGCUCGGUGCCGGGGUCAAGCUGCUGCAGUUUGCCGCGGACUCGAGCCGGAUGGCUCUGGCGGACUUCAGCCGCACCGUGUAUCUGCUGGACAUGGCCACCAUUGUCGAGGCGGUUAGACUGAACCAUCCUGCAGCCAUCGCCCCAACCGAGGACCUAGAGCUCUACCAGCAGAAUCUAGCCACGUCUCCGGUCGGGGAGCGCCCCAUCCCUGUCGAUUUCGUAAAAAGCAAACACCAGGCACUUCUUCCCGCCGGCCGGCCGGCCAGUGAGAAUGCCGAGUUGAGGACUGGACCCUCCCACAUGGCCUUCGACACCACCUCGACGUUCAUGGCAUCGGUCCUUGGCGACUGGCCUGCUACCGUAUGGAUAUGGGAUACGCGGAAGGCCGUGCUUCGUUCCGCCUUGCUUUUCCACGCCAAUGUCACGACCAUAUCUUGGCAUCCCAGUAUUCCCAGCACCCUCUUGAUUCGGUGCGAAGGCGACCAGCACUCCAGCCUGGCCUUUGUCUGGGACACUGUCUCCCCAAGCCCGAGAACCGUCGAUUUCCUACGUGGAGGCGCACUGGCCAAGUCGGCCGCCUCCUGCCACUGCUCCUGGUUGGACAUUAAAGACACCGAGGUGCCUACUCUCUUCUUUACAGAUACGAGCAGCUACAUCUUGGCUUCCCUGGGCAGCGAUGACAAUAAAUCGCCACCGUGGAAAGAAGAUUCCGACAGCCGCGACGAGUCGACGCUCGAUCUCUUUUCGGCACCAUUCGGUGGCGACGAGUCUGACGAUGAACCGCUCGACGAUACAUUCCAUUUUAGGCGGAACAAAUGAUCCAGGCCAAGAAGCUCAAGACUAUAAUAGUCCAACGAGGCAACUACGGCCUGACUGUCAGGGAGAAGAAGGGGGGGUCGCAGGCAAUAAGCGAGAAUAACACCUCGAUGAGAGGAUCAGCCGUCCACUCACCCACCGGCUCGCGGUUCCGAGCAUCUGCAGCCACCUGCAAUCACCGCUGCAGGUCAAAGUAUUGGGAAGAGUGACUCUCUUUGCCUGAAAGGCUCUGGAGCGAUGUGACGAACGGCAUACCGUAAUAGGUGGUGGUGGGGGUCGGGAAGAUGCUGAUCCAAUGCCCGCUGCCAUUCCAUCACUGGAAUGGAGCUCUGGCUGCGGCUCGAACGAUGCGUGCAAUUCCUGCCACUUUGUCAUCCUUGCUUUCAAUCCAUCGAGACUCUGUGCCACCAAGGCUCGCGGCACGCUAUCAUUGCGUAAGCCUGCAAGGCUUGCUGGGGUGUGUGCGGUUCUACACGACACCCUGGCCCCUGAACAUGCAUAUAGCGCCUGCAAGAAUGGGCAUUAUCACCAACCCAUCGGAUGCAACCCUGUUGAACACCUUAAAAGAACAGGGAAUGACGAUGAAAAUGAAGGAGACGAAAAAGAGUGCAGAGAAGAAAAAAAAAAAAGCAGAAACGCACAGCUCUCGUGGGAUGGGCAACACAACACUGCCCAACCAUGUUUGUGCCAAGACCGAACCAAUUUUUCACUGUCGCUGUGCCGUGCGUCCACCGGUGGGAUGCCGUCGGCACUGCUGACGAUGUAGGAGAGCCGCACUCAAGCAGAACCUGCGAGCCCAUACGUGGCCAUGACUAGUCUCAGAAAAUGCCGUAUCGAAUGCCUCCUGGGUCAUGACUUCACAACGAUUCUUUCCACGAGGGCCAGGGGGGGGG